UGACGAAAGCGCGUGGUGAGCUUGAGGGGUACCUGCAAGGAUAUAGAUGCAGAAGGAGCUCCGCGUCCAAUCAACGCCGGCGAAUCUCAAGAUACCUUUUACAACUUCCACAAUCGUACAAACACAAACUCUAGCUCUCCGCGACAUCAUCCACCGCUUCUGUGUCUUCGGAAUGAACAACCAACAGUUCCGCCGCCUGAUCCUCGAAGAAACCCCGUCAUCUCCUAACCAGCAAAAUGGUGCCACCAAGGAGCAGUCUCCAGCUUCGCGGGCGCCUGGCACCGUGCUGGGCGCGCGCAAGCAUAGCAGCAUCCAUAUGACACCUCGCCAAGUAGGCCGAAGUACUGUGCAAGCAGAUUUCGCCCGCCAGCUCGCCCAGCGCAACGCCAAACCUGACACCAAGAGCAAAUCCCGCUCCGUCGCUCCCAAGGGUACCAAACUCGCUGCCGGCUACACCGAUCGCGCCAAAGCGCGCGAGGACUAUGAGGAAGACGAAAAGGCGAAGCGCAUCAAAAAUCUUGAAGAGUCUAUGAAGCUGGGACAGCUCGACCGCGCGACUUUCGAAAAACUGGUACAGGAGAUCACGGGCGGAGAUAUCAGCUCUACACACUUGGUCAAAGGCUUGGACCGGAAACUGCUUGAACGAGUCAGAAAGGGCGAGGAUGUUCUCCCUGGCGAUGCCGAACCCGAACCAGAAGAGGAGGCUGGAUCUGAUCUGGAGGACGAGUUCGACGAGCUUGCUGACCAGCACAUCGGUACGGUGACACGGGCGAAAGUAGAGAAGAGAGGGGAGAUGGCACCACCACCUUCGGUUGCAGGCGUUAAAAGAAGUAGAGCAGAUAUCCUAGCUGAUCUUAAAAGACAGCGAGAAGAAGCGGCCGCUGCAGCCAUGGAGGAACACGAAAAGAAAUAUCCUACGCUCGGUACAGGCUUCCGCAAGGUUGCCAACAAUGGCGAAUCGACACGGAUUGAGACGGACUCUAAAGGCCGAGAAGUCUUGAUUAUCACAGAUGCUGACGGCAAAGAGAAACGAAAAGUGCGGAAACAGAGGGUAGAGGAACCCCCAAUGGAGAUCCGUCGCGACUUGGACGAUGAGAAAAAACCAAUCAACAUGCACAACAUCCCCGCGCCUAAAAUACCCCCACCAAAAGAGGAAGAUUCGGAAGACGAUGACAUAUUUGAAGGAGUUGGCUCAAGUUAUAAUCCACUGGCUGAACUCGACAACGAAGACAGCUCUGAUGAAGAAGGCGAAGCGGAACCAGCUGUAGAAAAGGUACCCUCGGCCACAGAUAAAUCCGAGCCCAAAUCCGAGCGACGAAGCCCAUCGUCAGGAUCAGACACGAAUGCUACCCCUGCAACCACAGCUCCAGGUACUACUCGACCGUCAAAACGCGACUAUUUCGCAUCUACGUCUCGCACAUUUGGCACCAACGACACUGCCGCCUCGGAACAGUCUGCAGCUGAUAUGACUGUCCGUGCUGCCUUGCAGAAAGUGCGUGGCCUUGAUCCUGAUUCUACACUCAUAAACGAUCCCGACUCCGAGGAAGCACGUCUGAAGAAGAGAGCUAGAGAGCUAGCAGCUAGUGAUCGAGACAUGGAGGAUAUGGAUAUGGGCUUUGGUGGCUCAAGAUUCGAUGAUGCUGAUGAGAUGGAGAGAGAAGGAGAGAAGAUCAAGUUGUCCGAGUGGAAAGGGUUGGGAGCGGAGGAAGAUGAUGACGAGGAUGGUGGGAACGCGCACAAGGGUGCAAAGAAACGGAAGCGUGGCCCCAAGAAGAAGAAGGGGGACAAGAACAACGCAAAUGAUGUCUUGAUGGCAAUGGAGCGUCAGAAAGAGAAGAAGACACUGGGCUAG